CUUGUGGAUUAGGAAGAACACACCCAGUGACAUCAGUCAAGUUUGAAGAAGAAGAAAAAAAGUUUCAACCCCGAGGUGAGCAGAGAAGCAACAGGAGGACCGAAAGGUCCCGCUUGGAAUUAUUUGCCUUCAAGGAGGGACUUUUUCGGAAGGUCGGCGGCUGAAGUGUUGAAUAGUUUGACGAGCUGAAGGUGGAAGUUCGGGUAAGAGAGGAGCAUGUCAACUUCAGACGAGACGGACGGACCCCGGCCGAGAUAUGGCUCUGUCCUGGAUGGCGUGGAGCGACUCACUGCGGAGGAGAUGGACGAAAGGAGGCAGCAGAAUAUGGCCUACGAGUAUCUUUGUCACCUGGAGGAGGCAAAACGAUGGAUGGAAGCCUGUCUGGAUGAGGAAUUACCGCCCACUACAGAGCUGGAGGAGGGCCUGCGGAACGGUGUCUAUCUGGCCAAACUUGGCAACUUCUUUGCCCCUCGCACCGUCUCCCUUAAGAAGAUCUACGACCGCGAGCAAACGCGCUACAAGGCAACAGGACUCCAUUUCAGACAUACUGAUAAUGUCAUCCAGUGGCUUAAUGCUAUGUCAGAGAAAGGCCUGCCAAAGAUAUUCUACCCUGAGACUACAGACAUAUAUGACAGAAAGAACAUGCCACGCUGCAUCUACUGCAUACAUGCACUAAGCCUUUACCUGUUCAAGCUGGGCCUCGCACCGCAGAUCCAGGAUCUGUACGGCAAAGUGGAUUUUACUGAGGAGGAGAUCAACAACAUGAAGAGUGAGCUGGAAAAGUAUGGGAUCCAGAUGCCCGCCUUCAGCAAGAUUGGCGGAAUCCUGGCCAAUGAGCUCUCAGUGGAUGAAGCUGCAUUACACGCUGCUGUGAUCGCCAUCAACGAGGCCAUCGACCAAGGCGUCCCAGAGAGCACCAUGGCUGCCAUGCAAAACCCCAAUGCCAUGUUGGUCAACCUGGACCGCAACUCCGCCCACCAGUAUCACAACAUAUUAUACCAGGCCAAGGGGCAGAAGGUGGCCAACUCACGCAAACGGCAAAUGGAAAAUGCAGGCGUUGAGAGAGAUAUCUACGAUGAGCUUCUCACUCAGGCCGAAAUCCAAGGAAAUGUUAACAAAAUCAAUGUACAUAACGCCCUUAGCGCUGCUGAACAGGCUUUGCUGAGUGGGGAUGAAGAUAGGUUGUACGAGGCGCUGAAGGCCAUGGGCAUUCAAAACCUGCAGGCCCAAAACAAAGGCUGGUACUUGAAGCAACUCCAGGGUGAACGGGAAAACAAAGAACUGGCAUCUCCAGGCCAUGCACUGACUAAGGAUGAGCUGCAAGCUGGUGUUGACGUUGCUAAUGAAAUAGCAGAAGUCUCCAGGAAGAUGUUGAAGGCAGUGGAGCGGAUCAAUGCUGCCAUUAAGGGCGGUGUACCAGAGAAAACUGUGCAGGAGCUGAUGAACCCUGAUGCUCAGUUGUCUGAAGUCUACCCCAGUGCUGCUGAUCUUUACCAGAGAGAGCUGGCCAGCCUGCAGCUGCAAAGUACAGAGGGCUCUCUAUCCCACCCAGAGCUUCUUGUUGCCGUUGAGAUGUUGUCUUCAGUGGUGCUGAUGAAUGAGGCCAUGGACGUUGGAGACCGAGACACAGUAUGGAAACAACUGUCCAGCUCAAUCACUGGGCUUAGUAAUGUGGAGCCUGAAUAUGCACAAAGGUACAUUGAUGAGUUGAUACGUCUUAAGGCAGCAGCCCGAGAGGAUGGUUGCGAUUAUCUCACCUGGAAUGACAUUCAAGCCUGUGUUGAUCAGGUCAACAUGACUGUGCAAGAGGAACAUGAACGUAUUGCAGCUAUUGGAUUGAUCAAUGAGUCAUUGGAUGAAGGGGAUCCCAUGAAGACUUUGGCCAUGUUGCAGAAUCCGUCAGCUAAGCUUACAGCUGUAGACCCAGCUGUGGCUCAGCACUACCAUGACAAACUGCUGGAGGCCCGAAGGGAGAAGGCUCACGAGACACAAGAUCCUUCUGCUGUGCUUUGGCUUGAUGAGAUCCAGGAUGCUAUUCUGCAGGCUAACCAGGACACAAAAGACGCCUUGCUAUUCUCUCAGGCCAUCCACGACAUAAAUGAAGCGGUGGAUAGCGGCGAUGCAGCUCAGAGCCUCCCCGCUCUGCGUAACCCUAGCACAGGACUUUAUGGGGUCACUUCUGAAUGUGCGCAGACGUACCAGAAUGACUUGGCCAAAGUCAAAGAAGAGAAGAAGAAAGACGGUGAUAACGGGAGUGAUUGGGUACAACACUGGGUGAAGGGGGGACACAACUACUUUUACAACAUGAAUACAAAGGAAGGUACCUGGGAGGAACCAGUGGGCUUCCUACAAAACAACACUCAGCUCAACAAGGAAGACAUUCAGUCUGUUGUUUCGGGGGUGACGACAGCUUACAAUCGAGAGCAGCUGUGGCUGGCGAAUGAGAGUCUCAUCACCAAGCUCCAAGCCCGUUGCCGUGGCUACCUGGCGAGGAAAGCCCUAAAAGAGAGGAUGCAUUUCCUAAAAUCUCAAGAGCCAGCUGUUACACGCAUACAGGCUCAUUGGAAAGGCCACAAACAAAGGAAGGAUUUCAAUGAACGGAAGAAGUACCUGGAGGACCAUAGUGACGAUGCUGUAAAGAUCCAAUCAAUGGUUCGGAUGCAUCAAGCACGUAAAAAAUAUAGGGAUCGUCUAAAGUACUUCAAAGAUCAUAUGAAAGAUGUGGUGAAGAUUCAGGCUUUCAUCAGAGCUAACAAGGCCAGGGACGACUACAAGACUCUGAUCAGUGCUGAUAAUCCUCCAAUGGCUGUCGUGAGGAAGUUUGUCCACCUGCUGGAUCACAGUGACCAGGACUUUCAGGAAGAGCUGGAUUUGAUGCGACUCCGCGAGGAGGUGGUCACUAACAUCCGCUCCAAUCAGCAACUGGAGAAUGACCUAAACUUGAUGGAUAUCAAGAUCGGUCUGCUGGUGAAGAACAAGAUCACCUUACAGGAGGUAGUGUCCCACAGCAAGAAGCUGACCAAGAAGAACAAGGGUCAGCUGUCCAACAUGAUGAUGAUGAACAAACAAAGAGGAGGCCUGAAGGCCCUCAGCAAGGAGAAGAGAGUCAAACUGGAAGCUUACCAGCACCUCUUCUACCUAUUACAGACCAAUCCCACAUAUCUGGCCAAGCUGAUCUUCCAGAUGCCUCAGAAUAAAUCAACCAAAUUUAUGGAUUCUGUAAUCUUCACACUGUACAAUUACGCUUCAAACCAGAGAGAGGAGUACCUGCUUCUCAAGCUCUUCAAGACCGCCCUGCAGGAAGAGAUCAAGUCAAAAGUUGACCAGAUUAAGGAGGUUGUCACGGGAAACCCUACUGUCAUCAAGAUGGUGGUGAGCUUCCACCGUGGAGCGCGAGGCCAGAAUGCAUUAAGACAGAUAUUGGCGCCGGUGGUCAAGGACAUCAUGGAUGACAAGACGCUGAACAUCAAGACUGACCCAGUGGACAUCUACAAGAGUUGGGUCAACCAGAUGGAAACGCAAACUGGGGAAGCCAGCAAACUACCAUAUGAUGUAACACCUGAGCAGGCAAUGGCUCAUGAAGAAGUCCGGAAUAGACUGGAGGCCUCCAUCAAGAUCAUGAAGACGGUGACGGACAAGUUCCUUUCUGCAAUAAUCGUCUCAGCAGAUAAAAUACCCUACGGGAUGCGCUUCAUCUCUAAGGUCCUGAAGGACACCCUCCAUGAGAAGUUCCCAGAUGCUACAGAGGAUGAACUGCUUAAGAUCGUGGGCAACCUUCUGUAUUACCGUUACAUGAACCCAGCCAUCGUUGCCCCUGAUGCCUUUGACAUCAUUGAGGUGUCGGCGGGUGGCCAGCUCACCAACGAGCAGCGGCGAAACUUGGGCUCCGUCGCCAAGAUGCUGCAGCACGCUGCUUCGAACAAGAUGUUCCUUGGAGAUAAUGCCCACCUGAAUCCCAUCAAUGAAUAUCUCAGCAAUUCUUAUCAGAAGUUUAGGCGCUAUUUUUUGACAGCAUGCGAUGUCCCUUCGCUUGAAGAUAAAUUUAACGUGGAUCAGUACUCUGACCUAGUCAACGUCACCAAACCGGUCAUAUACAUCUCUAUUGGAGAGAUUAUUAACACUCACACACUGCUCCUGGACCAUCAGGAUGCCAUUGCUCCAGAGCACAAUGAUCCCGUCCAUGAGCUGUUGGAGGAUCUUGGCGAAGUUCCCACUGUAGAGUCCCUCAUCGGUGAAAAUCCCCUUCCUCCUGAUGACCCAAACAAAGAGCUGAUGGGCAAGACUGAGGUGUCGCUAACACUGACAAACAAGUUUGAUGUCGCUGGUGAGGCCAAUACUGAAGUAGAUGCCAAGACCCUCCUGCUCAACACCAAGAGGCUGAUUGUGGAUGUGAUCCGGUUUCAGCCUGGGGAGACUCUGACUGAGAUAUUGGACACAACAGCUGGUCCGGAGCAGGAAGCGGAGUACCAGCGUGCCAUGCAGCGGAGGGCCAUCCGAGAUGCCAAGACCCCAGAGAAGAUGAAGCAAGUCAAACCAGUGGUGGAUGACAGCCUCACAUUACAAGGGAAGAAGGAGAGGAUUAAGAACAACCUGCAGCGGUUAUCGGAGCUUGGGAAAGUCAAUCCUGAGAAUCGCUAUCAGGACUUCAUCAAUGACAUAGCCAAGGACAUCAGAAAUCAGAGACGUUAUCGCCAACGCAGGAAAGCUGAGCUGGUAAAACUCCAGCAAACCAACACUGCCCUAAAUUCCAAGAGCAACUUUUUCAAUGUGCAGAUUGAUUCGUACAAUCAGUAUAUUAAGACGUGCAUGGACAACCUGGGCAGCAAGGGGAAGCUGUCAAAGCCUGGAGUCAACAAGGCCAAAAAGAGUAAACAAGUUUCACAGAAAUACACUGCGUCACGCUUAUAUGAGAAGGGUGUAUUGAUUGAAAUCGAGGAUCUGCAGCCCAACCAGUUCAAGAAUGUCAUUUUUGAGAUCUCUCCGUCCGAGACAGUUGGAGUUUUUGAAGUGAAGGCCAAGUUGAUGGGGGUACACUUGGAGACAUUACAGUUAGAAUACCAGGAUCUCCUCCAGCUGCAGUACGAAGGCGUGGCGGUGAUGAAGCUCUUCGACAGGGCGACCAUCAAUGUAAACCUGCUCAUUUUCUUGCUCAACAAGAAAUUUUAUGGCAAAUAGAGAAAACAUUUUAUAAGAACGCAACAGACUGAUUUAGCCACAAAUAUAACCUUUUUUAUGCUUGCCGAAAAAAAGGCCCCGACCUGAACCGUUAACGGUUGUCUAAAGUUUCCUUAGUACACUUGUCCUGUGUGCCUUGGCAAAUACAUUUGAUAGUACGUGCAUCACCACACAGGCUGGUUUCCUCACGGGACACUUACGUUCCCACAAGUGCUCGCGGGAGUAAUGUUCUGUCGCCAGCUGCUUUUGUGUCUUUAAAUAUUAUGAAUAUCAGGUGCACAGGCUUUGAUCACCCAUAUAAAAUGUAUGUUUUAUGUCAAGAGAUUGUCUUUUUAUUUGCUGGUUGAUGGCUCACGACCCGACUGAUAAAGCCUUAUCAGCAUCUCUCUGCCGAGGCCAAAGUGCUAGAUAAAUAUAAUAUUAGACAUGACUCUAUCUUUUCUAUUUCUAUGUUUUAUAUUGCUUUUUUAAAUACAUUGGAAAGUAUGCACUCACCAAUCAUAUUUUGAAAGACUUUUCAAACUGUUUUUGUUGGGUUUUUUUUUAUAUUUGACCAAACCACUGAUGAAUCUGAAUUUAACCACCAGACCUUAAAGUAAGGAACGGAUUUAUAUGGUCCCUUUUCUGGGUGGGUUUGCUGUGAGAAGAAGAGGUCUGCUGAAAAUGAUGGAACUAUGGUCAAAGUUGGAAUUGCCACUCAAUGCAUUUUAAGAGACCGUAUUUUUCGGACUAUAAGUUGCAGUGUUUUUCAUAGUUUGGCCAGGGCCGCGACUUAUAAUUAGGAGCAACUUAUGUGUGAAAUUCUAAACACAUUACCGUAAAAUAUCAAAUAAUAUUAUUUAGCUCAUUCACGUAAGAGACUAGACGUAUAAGAUUUCAUGGGAUUUAUCGAUUAGGAGUGACAGAUUGUUCGGUAGACGUAUAGCAUGUUCUGUAUGUUAUAGUUAUUUGAAUGACUCUUACCAUAAUAUGUUAUGUUAACAUACCAGGCACCUUCUCAGAUGGUUAUUAGUGCGUCAUAUAACGUACACUUAUUCAGCCUGUUGUUCAUUAUUCUUUUUUUAUUUUAAAUUGCCUUUCAAAUGUCUAUUCUUGGUAUUGGGUUUUAUCAAAUAAAUUUCCCCAAAAAAUGCGAAUUAUACUCCAGUAUGACUUAUAUAUGUUUUUUUUCCUUCUUUAUUAUGCAUUUUCGGCAGGUGCGACUUAUACUCCGAAAAAUACAGUACUUGACACUCGUGGCUGAAGUAGACCCCCCCAAACCGCGACAAAUGGGGCAUAUGGAUUCUUAUCCUACUGUAUGUGAAACACAAUAUCAGGCUUAUGCUCACAUUGAGCUGUGUAAUUCUCAACAUCAUUUUAAUUUAAUUAAGCAUACAUUCAUAAAGGCCAGUGUGCAUAAAAAGCCAAUGAUGAUGAUGACAUGCUCCAUAUGUCCCGUAUAUAAUUAGCUUCCUGUCUAACAUGUUUAGUGAAAAUAUUGCCAAGUAGGACAUCUUCCAAGUCAUAUCCCAGAAUCAGUACUAUCAACUUGUUUUCACUCUCAAAAUAAAUGUCUUUUUUUGAUCACACGUACAGUGCAGGCCAAACGUUUGGACAGAACUUUUCAUUCAAUUGGGUUUUCUUUAUUUUCAUGACUAUAUACAUUGUAGAUUGUCACUGAAUAAUAAUAAUAAUAAUAGAUUUUAUUUGUAAAAAAAAUAACUUUACGUUGAGCAAACAACCUCAAAGUGCCACAGUGUAAAAAAAUAGUAAUAAUAAUAAUAAUAAAAAGAUAAGACAAAUAAAUCAAAUAUAAAACUAGAAACAGCCCAAUAGCUAGAACCAGCAUGCAAGUCUAUAAAAAGGCUUUUUUUUAAAAGAAGAGUUUUUAAGCUUUUUUUAAAAGCAUCCACAGUCUGAGGUGCCCUCAGGUGGUCAGGGAGAGUGUUCCACAGAUUGGGAGCAGCAAAGGCUUCAAAACUAUGAAUGAACACAUGUAGAGUUAUGUACUUAACAAAAAGAGGUGAAAUAACUGAAAACAUGUUUUAUAUUCUAGUUUUCAAAAUAGCCACCCAUUGCUCUGAUUACUGCUUUGCACACUCUUGGUAUUCUCUCGAUGAGCUUCGAGUACACCUGUGACGUGAAAACCAUUUCAGGUGACUACUACCUCUUGAGGCUCAUCAAGAGUGUGUGAAAAGAUUAAGUACAUAACUCCACAUGUGAUCAUUCAUAGCUUUGAUGCCUUUAGUGACGAUCUACAGUAUUAAUACCGUAUUUCGUUGAAUUGCCGCCGGGCAUGUAAUAUGCGCCUGCCUUGAAUUACUGCCGGGUCAAACUUGCUUCCCAAAAUUAUUAGCGCAUGCUUACUAUUACCGCCGGGUAAAAUUUGUGACGUCACGAGUGACGCUUCCCCUGUCGUCAUUUUUAAAAUGGCAGAGGAGGUUUUUCUUGCUUGUACUAUGUGUAAACCAGGGGUCUUGUUCAACAGCCAUACAGAUCACACUUAAGGUUGUGAUAUAAAACAACUUUAAAACUCUUACUAAUAUGUGCCACACUCUGUGAACCCACACCAAACAAGAUUGACAAACACAUUUCGGGAGAACAUCGGUUCUGUGACACAUAAACGCAACAUAACAAUUACCCAGAAUGCCAUGCAUCCAUGACUCUUACAAACCCCACUAGCACCAACCCUCCCCCCCUCCGUGCGUUGGUUGAGGUGGGCGGUGUUGUUGGCGCGUGUAUAAUAUAGCCAAGAGUCAUGGAUGCAUGGCAUUCUGGAUAAUUGUUAUGUUGCGUUUAUAAUGUUACAGAGCCGAUGUUCUCCAGAAAUGUGUUUGUUAUUCUUGUUUGGUUAGGGUUCACAUUGUGGCGCAUAUUAUUAAGCGUGUUAAAGUUGUUUAUAUCACAACCUUCAGUGUAAUUGGUAUGGCUGUUGAGCAAGUAUGACUUGCGAUCUCAUACGAGGGGCAGCAAAAUGCAUAUGUCCGGCCGGCACGUAGAUAACAUGGUGUAAAGGCGGGCGCAAUGACAUUUUGUAGAGCAGUGGUCCUCAACCACCGGGCCGCGGCCCCGGUACCGGGCCGCAAAAUAUUUUUUUUAUUAAUUACAUUUUUUUUAAUUAAUUUGUUUUUUUUUCCAACUGCAUACCAUUGGUAAGCGCAGGGGUGAGAGGAGGUUUUAAAAGUAUUAGCGCCUGCUUACUUUUACCGCAUUCCUUGAAUAAGCGCAGGAGUGAGAAGAGGUUUGAAAUUAAUUAGCGCCCCAGCGGCUAUUCAAGGAAAUACGGUAGUCAUGAAAAUAAAGAAAGGCAUUGAAAUGAUAAGGUGUGUCCAAACGUUUGGCCUGUACUGUACAUAGAACUACUCAAAAUAUGUAUUGGCCCAUCUCAAAAAAAAAAACAUUUUCCAAGCUGAAGAUGACCCAUUUGAGCAACACGAAUGAGU